AUGUUGUCACGCUCUGCUCUUAGAACCACGUCUCGUUUCUCGGUCAAGCGCCAAACUCUGGCUUUGGCCGCUGCUCGUCAGUCCACUUGGGCUCAUGUCCAACAAGGUCCUCCAGACGCCAUUCUCGGUAUCACUGAGGCUUUUAAGAAGGAUUCUUUUGACCAAAAGAUCAAUCUCGGUGUUGGUGCUUACCGUGAUGAUAAGGGAAAACCAUAUGUUCUGCCGUCUGUUCGUGCUGCUGAAAAGGCCAUUGUCGACAAGAACCUUGAUAAAGAAUACGCCGGUAUCACUGGUGUGCCAGCUUUCACAGCCGCUGCCGCUGAAUUGGCUUAUGGUGAGUCGUCUGCUCCUCUUUUGGAGAACAGAAUCGCCAUUUCUCAAACCAUUUCUGGUACUGGUGCUUUAAGACUUGGUGCUGCUUUCUUGGAGAGAUUCUUGCCUAGCAAGGAGAUUUAUCUUCCUAGUCCAUCAUGGGCCAACCAUGCUGCUGUUUUCAAAGACGCUGGUAUGACUCCUAAACAAUACAAGUACUACAACAAGGAGACCAUUUCUCUUGAUUUUGACGGAUUGGUAUCUGAUCUUGAAUCCAUUCCUCAAGGAAGUGCUGUUCUUCUUCACGCCUGUGCUCACAACCCUACUGGAGUUGACCCUACUCCUGAACAAUGGAGAAAGCUUUCUGAGAUCUUCAAGGCCAGAAAAUUGUUCCCUUUCUUCGACAUGGCUUAUCAAGGAUUUGCUUCUGGUGAUAUUGCCAAGGACGCUUAUGCUGUUCGUUACUUUGUCGAGCAAGGUCAUCAAGUGGCUCUUUGCCAAUCUUUCGCCAAGAACAUGGGUCUUUACGGUGAACGUGUUGGUGCAUUCUCUCUUGUGACCGAGUCUCCCGAAGAAAAGGCCCGUGUUGACUCACAACUCAAGAUCCUCAUCCGACCCAUCUACUCCAACCCUCCUAUCCACGGAGCCAGAAUCGCUGCCGAGAUUCUCACCAACUCGGCUCUCAAGGCCCAAUGGCUUCAAGAAGUCAAGGAUAUGGCCGACCGUAUGAUCUCCAUGCGUCACCUUCUCAAGAAACACCUCGAAGAGCUCGGUUCCAAGAAGGACUGGUCCCACGUCACCUCGCAAAUCGGCAUGUUCUGCUACACCGGUCUCUCUGGCGAGCAAGUCGACCGUCUUGCUAAGGAAUUCUCCGUCUAUGGUACCCGCGACGGCCGUAUCUCCAUUUCCGGAAUCACCUCUGGCAACGUCAAGCGUCUCGCCGAGGCCAUCCACGAGGUCUCUAAAUAA